AGGCUGAAAGGCAGCAAGGAGUCACGAUGAGCGCACGAGGCGACGGAGCCGGGCAGCCUUCGACUUCUUCCGCGGCUGCCAAAGAACAACCUGCCACCGCCGAACCGCCGAAGAGGGGACGAGGGAGACCCAGGAAACAGCCACAAGAACCGACAGGAGAGCCAUCUCCCAAAAGACCAAGAGGAAGACCUAAAGGAAGCAAAAACAAGAGUCCCUCUAAAGCAGCUCAAAAGAAAGCAGAAGCCACUGGAGAAAAACGACCAAGGGGCCGACCCAGGAAAUGGUGUCCAGGGACAACUUUGCCUCAGAGUUCAGAAACUUAUACUAAACAACUCAAUGGUUUAUAUUAUUUAUCCUCUUUGUGUGAGCAUCGUUGUCGCAGCCUCGGAGCUUCUAAGUAA